UGGUGCGCGCGGGGGCGGGACUUCCGGCGUGCGGGACUGUCACCUCGCCUCGGGGCGUCCGGGCCGGCCCGGCGGUCCCCGUGGGCUGGAGGGGCGGCUCCUUCCGAGACGCUGGAAGCGUGAUGGCUUUCGAGGAUGUGGCCGUGUACUUCUCCCAGGAGGAGUGGGUACUCCUGGAUAAGGGCCAGCGGGCCUUGUACCGACACGUGAUGCUGGAGAACUUCGAACUUGUGACCUCACUGGGAUUUUUUUCCUCCCCACCUCGUGUGGUCAUCCAGCUGGAGCGUGGCGAGGAGCCCUGGGUUCCCAGGGGGAAGGACUCCAUCCUGAGCAGGAAUACUCACAGGAGGCUGGGCUUUGGUUCCUGUUGUGUGGCCCAGCACACAGGCAUCUCGAGAGAAGCCACAGCACCAACAGCCAGCCCAGAGGCCUCCCCUGGCGCCUCCCCGGGCACUCUUGCUAGUGUCCUGCCAGGCACCACACCAUCUCAAGAGAGGAAGCCCACGGGAGUGUCGGUGAUCUACUGGGAGAGGCUCCUGCUGGGUUCGGGGCUCCGGCUGAGCUCCCCACGGAGCGGCGGCGGGCCCGGGGAUAAGGACCUAGAGCAUCGGUCAUCAGUGCCUCAAGUGUCCCAGGACCAGGACCCAGGGGAUCCCCGCAUGGCCUGGGAAUUAGGGCUAGGGGAGGAGCCUGGGGAGCCAGGCCCACUCCUGGGGGACAAGCCCUUCGAGUGCAGGGCCUGCAGCAAGGUGUUCGUGAAGAGCUCCGACCUGCUGAAGCACCUGCGCACACACACCGGCGAGCGGCCCUAUGCGUGCGUGCAGUGCGGCAAGGCCUUCAGCCAGACCUCGCACCUGACGCAGCACCUGCGCAUCCACAGCGGUGAGACACCCUACGCCUGCCCGGCCUGUGGCAAGGCCUUCCGACACAGCUCCUCGCUCGUGCGCCACCAGCGCAUCCACACGGCCGAGAAGGCCUUCCGCUGCGGCGACUGUGGCAAAGCCUUCAGCCACGGCUCCAACCUCAGCCAGCAUCGCAAGAUCCACGCGGGGGGCCGGCCCUACGCGUGCGCGCGCUGCGGCCGUCGCUUCUGCCGCAAUUCGCACCUGAUCCAGCACGAGCGCACGCACACGGGCGAGAAGCCCUUCACCUGCGCGCUCUGCGGCGCUGCCUUCAGCCAGGGCUCCUCGCUGUUCAAGCACCAGCGCGUGCACACGGGCGAGAAGCCCUUUGCCUGCACGCAGUGCGGCCGCGCCUUCAGCCACAGCUCCAACCUCACGCAGCACCGGCUGCUGCAUACGGGCGAGCGGCCCUUCCGCUGUGCAGACUGCGGCAAGGCCUUCGCCAAGGGCGCCGUGCUGCUCAGCCACAGGCGCAUCCACACGGGCGAGAAGCCCUUUGUCUGCACGCAGUGCGGCCGGGCCUUCCGCGAGCGCCCUGCACUUUUCCACCACCAGCGGAUCCACACGGGCGAGAAGGCCCUGCGGAGGUCCAGGGCCCGGCUUCCCCUGGUGACGGGGGCAGCAGAGAAGGAGACCAGGGCUCAGGCCAGCUCUGGCCCCGCCCAGGCCUGAGUCCCUUUGCACAUGGUGGCAGAUUGGCCACAGCCCAUGCUUCUACCCUCAGAGGUCGCGCUGCAGAGACAUCAGAGGUUCAUCCAGGCGCUGGGCUGGCCCUGCACCUGGACUGCAGUCAGGGCCUGCAAAGGCCAGUGGAGCAAGCUCUGGCGCUUGUUGAGUGCUUUGUGGAACUGGGAGCCUGGACCGACCUGUCUGCGCUAGCAUGCGCUAGCGGCUGGGCCCAGGCCUUUGCCAUGCGGGGAUUCCCUGGGGCCUGCCCAGCCCUCUGAAGGCUUCUGAAUGGGAGUUAGAGGGCUGGCCUGGGCAGGUGGCUAGGUUCUGAGCCUCAGCUUCCUCCUCUGUGCAAAAGAAAAAAUUUGGGUCCACCCUGGUAGUAGGAUCCUGAUAAGGUCUUACAUGUUCACCAGCAGCCACUGGAAAUUUCCUCCUGUGAGCCCUGUGCUAGUAUCUAUUCCCACUUAAAAGGUGAGGGAGGAGAGGGGAGGGGAGCUGCCCAGGGCACACAGCAGAACCAGACUAGAACUCAGGCACACUGGCCUGGCUCCCUGGGUGCAGCAGACUCCCAGGAGGUGGAGGCCUGUGGGAGAUGUGGCUCUCAGCUGUAGAGAGACAGAUCAAGGGUGCUGCCCUGGCUGUACCAUUCAUAUCCUCACCCAGCCCUGUCACCAGCUCCUGAGACCAAAAUCAGUGUCAAGAACCCUUUAUAUCUAAGUCUGUGGUAACUUCGGAGGGAAGAGGUCCAGCUGCUCGUUUUUGCUGGGUUGUUGGCCACAAGUCCCCUGAUCUCCCCCACGGCUGGAAGGUGGCACUGCUGAACAGGGAGGACUUGCCAUUACCUAAGACUGGUCUGGCUCUUUGGAGCUUUGGGGACAGAUGGGUGGGGUGGUGGCCUAGUUUGCCUCUUCUGUCCUGUAGCUGAUCGGGUCUGUUCCUGCCUGAGGCCUCAGUGCUGGGGAAGUUAAUGAUCUUUGGACUGGGAGGAAAAAAAAGACUAGUAUUUACAACUUGGAAUGGA